UUUAGCUAAACCCGACACCAUCUUGGCUAACAGAGGUUCCGGUGACCGGGCGUGUGUUUGUUUUUUAGAAGCACUGGUUUUUUUCUUUUAGAGUAAACGGGAGAAAUGAACGUCGGAGCAGAUUCUUAUAAAUGUCGGAUUUCAUUAUUUGUCGGCCUACCGUGAAGUGGCGGCAGGGGCGGCUGUGGCGGCGGCGGGGGCGAGAGGGACCGUACGAGAGCAGCCCGAGCCGGGGUCCGUGAGGAGGGUGGGUGCAUACACAAAAUACUUUCCCUUUAAAGCGGAGAGGGACAGAGGGGGUGAAGGAGAGAUAAAAAAAGAAAAGGAAGAAAGACCGAGAGGGAGGGUGGGCGAGAGAGAGGGAGCGAGAUUUUUGAAAAAAAGAGAAAGAUGUCAUCCUGUCGAUUGAAACACCGAGGCGGAGCCAUGGACCGCGGCCGACCAGGAGCUCUCUAGUUUGGGGUGGAGCUAUACGCAACGCCGAGGCUUUGGACCUGACGCUGAGGCCUUUUUUUCCCCCGGAGCUAUCGCAAAAAUAAAAACAGCUGUUAUGAUUAUCAUCUUCUGUAUACAAAUGAUUUCAAUUUUGCAUGCAAGCCACCAGUUUUUUUUAUUACAGUAGACAUAAGCAAAUGAUAUUGUAAUAACGCACCAUUAAAGCAAGCAUGAUUCAUUUUGUCGCAUUUACAAAAAGCCUCCUGUUUAUCGCCAACAGAUUAAUAAUUCAUAAUUCAUAGCAGCCGAACCACGAAUAAGUAGUAGCUGAUUCAUAUCGUCCGAUGUCAUUUUAUAUUUUUUGUUAAUUAGCCCGGGCAGGUAGAGGAGAAAUACAGGCCUCAGAUUGUGUUUUCAAAGCAGCAGGUGGAGCGUUUCCUCCUGGGCUCCGCUCCCCUCCUCCCUCCUCUCUUUGCCUCUCUGCUCCCGGGUCGCUUAACUGUUGGUCCCCGGUGUUCAGAAUGGAUACCUCCUGGAGCAAUUUCCUCUUUCAGACGCCUUCGACUCAGAGCCAGCCUGAGACGCCUCUCCAGUCGGAGCUGCUGCCGGAGCUCAGCGGCCCCGCUCAGAGUCCUCCGGCUGAGCACAUUGCCUCGCCGCCGUCCACUGUCGACACGGCCGCCCUGAGCGAGGAGCCGCUGCCUGUGAAACCCCUCAUCAAGCCGGGGCGGCCGGCCCACAUCUGCUCCACCUGCAACAAGGAGUUCAAGAACAGCUACAACCUGCGGCGCCACCAGUCGGUGCACACGGGCAUCAAGAUGAAGGACCGCGCCGCCCGGGAGAAAGAGGACGGAGGGAAGGCGGGGGGAGGAGGGCGGGUGGAGAAGCAGACGGUACCGCUCUCACUCCUCCACCUCACCCUGCCCCCUCAGACUCCUUCACUUCCACACAACGCAGCCACCGGCGCAGAGACCCUCCCCCUCCUCGGUCAGCAGCAAGAUGGCUUGCAGGUGGCUGUGUCCAUUGCCCCAGCAACUGUAACCAUGGCUGCACCGCCUACUCCCAUCCAGGCAGCUGUUGUUGUUGUGGGCUCCCUUGAGCAGAAUCCAAACCCCAACCCCAGCAACAGCAACACCAACACAGUGAGGAAGAACCACGCCUGCGAAGCCUGCGGGAAAGCCUUCAGAGAUGUCUACCACCUGAACCGCCAUCGCCUGUCGCACUCGGACGAAAAGCCGUACUCCUGCCCUGUCUGCCAGCAGCGCUUCAAGAGGAAAGACCGGAUGAGCUACCACGUGCGCUCACACCAGGGCGGCGUGGAGAAACCCUACGUCUGUCCGCACUGCGCCAAGGCCUUCUCUAGACCGGACCACCUCAACAGCCACGUCCGACAGGUGCACUCUACAGAGAGACCGUUCAAGUGCACGACGUGCACGUCGGCGUUCGCCACGCGGGAUCGUCUCCGAGCUCACUUGGUGCGUCAUGAAGAGAAGGUGCCGUGUCACAUCUGCGGGAAGCUGCUGUCUGCGGCGUACAUCACCGACCACAUGAGGGUCCACAACCAGGCGCAGCACCACUCCUGCCACCUCUGCAACCGUAGCUUCACCACCCUCACCUACCUGCGGGUGCAUGCUCAGAAGCACCAUGGUCAGGAGUGGAAGGAGAGCGGCGGGGCGCGGGGGGGCUUUGGUGGGACGGGGGCCGGCGGUGUGCUGCUUUGCCAGCUGUGCGGGGUGCAGUGCAAGACGGCCACACAGCUCCAGGGUCACAUGGGCACCCAUGCCGCUCAGGGAGACCCUGGACACGACCCCACAAGUGCCGGCCCCGUGGGCACCACCAGCGUGGCCGUCACCGUGUCCAGCGCCAGCGCCGUGGGACUGCUGGUGACCGACUGUUCCGGGAUCGCACCCCCGCCCCACAGCUAGCAGGCUGGGAGGGCAGGGGGUGGGUUGGGUGAGGGGUUGGUGCUGGGGAUGGAGGCAAAGGCAAACAAGGAGCAGAGAAGCAGAGAGACAAGAUCCUAUCCAGAUGUUUUCAUAUCCGGAAGUGAACACAGAUCGGUGGUGUUUCCUGCUCAGCGCUGUUCGUGGUUUCAUGAGGACGGCAGAAUAUUUCUGACCUUUUACUUCCAGCUCCAUCAGUGUUAAACAGCCGAGAGACACACUCUGCAAACUGUUCCACGUCUUUGCAAAUCAGCCGAGUCAAAGCGAGAGACUUUGGAAAAGACGAUAAGCAAAACCUCUGCUCAUUCUUUAGGGAAAAAAUAAUUGUAUUUUUAUUCAUGUGGCUUAGCGAUUAGCUGUUUUUAUUUUCCAUCAUGUCAUUGUUUUAAUAGUUGACAGCCUGUCAAGAUUUUGUAAAGUCGGUGUUGUUUCUGGAUUAUUUAUAUUCCAUGAUAUCAGUGUUUAUUUAUAAUGAGAUUGACCUAACAUGAAUUUUGAUCAGUUUCCCCCUUAUUUAUUAAUAUUAUCGAUAUAAUAUAAUUUAUUUUAACAGUGUCCAGUUUGCCUUUAUCUGAGUCUGCAGAGCACGUACACCUCACAGGACAUGGGUCAGCUAUUUCACAUGGACCAUCAUGUAAAUACACUUUUAUAACGUGGAUAAAGGCAAACUAAUAAUACGUUAUUUGUGUAUAUUCCCCUCCAUGAACAUGAAUGUGCUUCAUAUGGUCCUUGCUCUGUCUCUGGAUGCUGAUUUGUAAUUCUUGAAAAAGGUACAUUUGCCAUGUAAUUUGUAGCUACCUUGGUGACACAUUUUCUGUGGCUGUGCAUAUUGAUUGUAAUUGAUGCAUAGUGCAUAGCGCCUCGUUACUACUGUAUUAAAAAAAAGCACUAAAAUGCA